GUGAUGACAUACUCAUGAUCCCACAUCCUGCUCUUCUAGUGCCUGCUGGGGCCUGCUGAUCUGUGUCAGUGUUGGUAAUGGUGUGUUGUAUUGGAUCUGUCACAGCGUGGGAUCGCUCAGUUCAGGUGUUCUCUCUGUAUAACUCAGUAGUAGCCAGGGGCGGACUGACCAUUUGGAAACUCGGGCACUGCCCGAGGGCCUGGGGUCAGUAAGGGGCCCCAUGAGAUGCCCCUGGUACCUUUUUCAUAGGCUUUUUUGAGUUUGGGCAAGGACACAGGGGCCCCAUGAUCCCCUAUUGCCCGGGGGCCCCAUGA